AAACAGGAGGAGGAGCUGAAGAAGAGGAGGAGGAGUCAGGGAGUCGGAUAAAAAAUCGAGCCAGCACAACAGAAACAUCCAGUCAGAGGAGGAGGACUGAGGAAAGCAGCUCUGCUGAAAGACGAGAGUGGGAUUUAGCAAAAGGAGGAGGAGGAGCAGAGAGUUUCCUCAUUCCGACUGAAAGCUCCUUUUAUAUCCGACUCAAUGGAAAAUCCACACAACAGAUGAUGAUGUGGAGCUGCUGCUGACAAAGCCCUCACAGAAACCAGAAGAAGAAGCUCAGAGGGCCGAGGUCCAGGUGGUUCAGAAAGGAGCUGACUCCCACAGGUGCAUCAUGGGAAAGCAUACCUGAACAGCUUCUUCUGGUUCCACCUCCACCAACCCAGCAUGCUGGUCAGGUUAAUCCCAAAAAGGAGCUCUCCAAGAGGAGCAGGAGGGCUGAUGAUGAUGAUGAUGAUGAUGAUGGUGGUGGUGGUGGUGGUAGGGGCACAGACAGCAAAUCUGGACAAGCUGGAGAGCGAGGAGAGUCUGGAGAUCCUGGAGGAGGAUGCAGUCGACAGCACCAAAAUGUUGGACCCAACGUCCUCUGAUGUGUCUCAAGUGUCCCCUCACAGCUCCUGGUUGAUCUUCACAAAGAACUCCAACAAGGGGGACAACAGGAGAACCAAAGGCACCAGGAGAACCUCCAAGCACGGCCUUCCAGGACCCCCUGGCCCUCCAGGACCCCCAGGGCCCCCAGGUCCACCUGCACCCCUGCUACCCCAACAACAGGAGCUCAUCCAGGAGCUGCAACUCAAGCUGAGAGACAUGGUGAGUGGAGUGUGUUUGCAGUGUGAUCAUCCUCCUCGCGUCUCCACCUCCUUCUUCAGUCGCCUCCUGCAUGCCGUCUCCAUCCCACGCCGUAGCCUGCUGGAGCUGCAGUCAUUCAGCAAGCUGUCGGACUCGGAGCGGAGCCUCCAGAGGGGCCACAGCUUCAACAGCAGCACCGGCCGCUACAUGGCACCCGUCUCUGGCUUCUACCAGCUGACCGCCAGCCUCCUGAUAGAAUCAGGUGACAGAGUUCAGGUACGUCUCAGAGACAGCGUGAGAGCAGCGAUCUGCAUAGAGUCUCUCUGCCAGAGUAACCUCUCCAUAGAGUCAGUGAUGGGUGUGGCAGCAGCUGGAGGAACCUUCAGCAUCCUGCUGACAGGAACUCUCUACCUGCAGGCUGGGGAGUACGUGUCGGUGUUCCUGGACAAUGCGACUGGUUCAGCCAUCAGUAUCCUGCAGGAUUCAGUAUUCUCUGGAAUACUGUUGGGAAUCUGAUAUCAGCCAAUCUGCUCCUGAACCUGAAAACUGAUGCUGCUUCUUGAAAGGGCGCGAACAUGAAAUCAGAUUGGAUGAUGAACAAAACAUUAGCCUGGAAACAUAUAAAGGAUAACAUUGCAGGAAAACAUUGUGAGCCUUCUGAAUUGGGUUAGAUCGGACAUCCACAGAAAACCAGGACCCAUGAGGACCUCAGUUUUACAGCAAAGUUAAUGUAUAUAAGAAGGUUUUGGGGAAACAGGAUGAUCUGUAGAAAACCUCUGCAUCUUUCCUACCAAACCAACUUUAAUAUAAUAACAUUGUGGAGAUAUAGUAAUGCCUAAUUUAUAAGCUGAAACAUGUCUAAUGUUUAAUCUGAAUGUGUUGAGGAAACCCGGUGGUCAAAUGUCACCACUACAUCUCGGGGUUAUUUCUCCUUUUUUUAAACUACUUUCCUCCAACAUGCUGAGAAUGUUGUGAUCAUCUUUAUGCUGAUGACACUGGUUUUUACCUUCAAACUCUUCGGUCUGACCAGUGUUUGGUCUGUGUUCAUUUUAAAGUCGGACAGGAAGAGGACAAACAAGGAUUUUACUGCCUCUUGAUCCCAUGUGAUCCAACUGUUUGAUGACGAUAAGGAUUUCCAGAAUCUCAUCAACUCAUAUUUUAUUCCCAGUAGAAGAUCAACAACAUGUCAGAGGAUGAAAAGGAGACUUUUCACCAUGUGAUGGAAAAUGUGAGCUGAUAGUGAAUCUGAUGCAGCAACACGUCUGGAAAAAUGUUAAAAUGUUCUUCUGAAUCAUUCUGCUGUUAGUGAAGAGAUUUCUGCUUUUAUUGUUGAGAACGAUGUGAUGAGUUACGUUACCAUACAGUCAUUUAGCUGACACUUUUAUCCGAAGUGACUUACAGUGGUUGGGCAGCAGCAUUCAGGGUCUGGGAGGUUUUAAUGUCCACCCCUGUGGGAUCUGAACUGGUCUCCGGCAUGGGGUUGUAUAUCCAUCCUCUUUCCUCCUUCAUAUUUAUUCUCUUUAAGUUGUGAACAUUUCUGAUAAUAAAAGCUUUUUACUCCUG